AUGCCGAGUCUCUUUUCCCGCCUGAAAGGCAGAGACGGCAAAUCCAAAUCUAAGAAAGGCGCGCUCGACCAACUCGCCCAGCAGCCGCCAAAACCACGAUGGGACGACGCGUGGGCGCGCAAAACAAUCGACCCUGAGGAAGUCCAACAAUUGCUUCGAUUCUGCACCGAAGAGCUCAAGGCGCGAGCUCUCGAUCUUCCAUUCCUCUUACUCCCGUUUCGCCCGACCUCCGACCCGAGCGCCGUCCGUACUUUUGUGCGACACUUUUUCGACGGUAAAGAUGGCGGUCAACUGCUUCGAGGGGAGGCUCUGGCCCACGAGCUGCGAAUGACGGAGCCAAUGGUCAUUGCGGGCGUGGUCAAAUGGUGUUGGAGCAGACUCCAGGGCGGCGUCGUUGGCUGGGACUCCUACGAGCUUUUCAAGGUCGGAGAACAUGACUCGCAUCUGGCCAGAGAUUCGUUUAAGACUUUUAUCCCCCUCAGUGUCGACAACGACUCUCGUGUCAAGAUCAUCUUCGAUUUCUUCGACCUUCUCGCGGCAAUCGCCGCCCACAGCAAGUCUAACGGGUUUGGAGGACGCAAGCUCUCCCGCAUGGCAGCCUGGUGGGCGUUCGAGCCUAAUGAUAACGGCAAUGGGUUUGAGGGCGGGUACAAGUCCUUGGACAGCGCCGCGGACGCCACAAGCCAUUUGUUCUUCGCUUAUCUGCGCUCUCUCGCCCCUGAGCCGGUCCAGGGCGGCAUCUCGCUCCUGCCCAUGUCGCUGCAGAAGCUACUCCAAGAGACCGAAUACCCACCGCAGAGACCGGCGCUCAUGCAAACAUCGACGAACAGGGUUGCCAUGAUUGUCGACACCGUCUCGCCUACCCCGUUCACCCUGCUCCGAAGAGCCAACCAUUUCCAAUACCGCGAAGAAGACCGGGCGCUCCAGGAAUGGUCCGAGUACGAGGAUCCAAUCCAGGCUUUGACGGAAGAGUGCCGCAGAGUUCUCAGGGCGAUUGCUGCGGCCAACCAGUCGCAAGCUGUUUCGAGUUCGAAGCAUUCCACUAGCCUUCGUGACGCUUCUUGGUCUCGGUUCGAGGAUAUCGGCUUCGCAAGCGCGCUGGAGGAAGACGAGAUGGACGAUGACGCGCUCGCGAAGCGCCGAAUGCAGCAGGGGCUAAGGAAUACGCCCGCUUCUGGUAACGGUGACCUGGGGCGACCAACCACCCCAUCAUGGGCCGAUUUCCUAUCAUCCGGCUUCGUGGAUGAGCGAGGCGCACCGAAUACCCUAUUGCCUCCUGACAAGGUUCUGCCUCCAAUCGACACGGGAACCGCCCGGCAGCGGAGCUCUCAGUCCCACAAGCCGAGACUGGAGACCGAACACCAGUUCGAGCCUGGUGAGUUGGCGAGCAUUGUUCGGUUUGACCUCGAUGACUCCUUCUGGUGGGUGUGGAUGACCAGUCUGGCCCCUGAGGAGACCGCGGAGAGGAAGUCGGCCUUUGGGCGGUGCGCCGUGAUUGAAACACUGAUCCGAACCGGCCGUUGGCUUGUGAUGGAGGAAAUUGUCAAGGGCGCGGCUCCUGAUCCAGAGGAAGGUGCCUACAUCGCAGAGAAGAAGGGCUUUUUCAGUUGGACUCGGCGCGGAAAGGGCCUUAACAGGAGAAAGUCCACCGGAAAGCACGCCCUGGACAAGGAUGGGCAGCUGAAACCAGGCUCUACCAUGGGCUUGAGCAAGACGAGCAUUGGGCCCGAUCAGCAAGCCAGAAUCCAGGCGGCAGCGCUUCAGCUUCACAGGCAGGAACAGCAGCAGAAGUCAUCGCAACAGGUCCAGGAGCGGCGGGGAAGGAAAGACGCCGACUACUUGGCCGAGAAGACUAACAGCGUCUUCACGCUUCAACCAAGCAUCCUCAGCGAGGCGUCUCCGGCUGUCAAGUGGGCCAGCAAGUAUGACAAGGAAGCGAUAAGAGACGCUUACCUUGCCAACACGAGUGCCGGCCGUGGUGUCAGCACAACUUCGCUCGCCAACGGACACGCCACGCCCACGACAGGUGAGCAGGAGCAGCGCCCGGAAUUGCCCCCGAAGAUGCCUUUGUCGCCCGCAGGGCCGGACCCGAUUGUGACCACUGGCUCGUCUUCGGUCCCCCGUCGUAACGAGACACCGACCCCCCAGACACCGAAGCGGGAAGACAAGGAAUUGGAGGUGCCCAAGGAGGUUCACCCGGCAGAGCGAGUGCACAGCCCAGUACCACCGUCGAAGGAGCAGGCGAGCAUGGAGCUGGCACGAGAGCAGAUGGUCUCCCCCGAACCUCUCAUAGGCCCCGACGGCCAGAAGCAAAAGAAGCUUCACAAGGACGUGGCCAAGGUUGGUGCCGGCGGCGGCUUGAAGAAGUUGUUCAGCCGCAAGAACAGGAGUUCGAAGUUGCCCGAGAACGCCGCAGAGCAGCUCAAGUCGUUCACUGCUGCCACCGAGGCUUCUGCUCCUCCGGCCGUGCCGGAAAAGGCUGCGCAGCGGGAGCAAGCCCGGGCCGACCCGCCCAAGGAGCAGCCUGCUGUUUUGCAGAAGCCUCAGGCCGUUCCGGCCCGCGUCCCGGUCCCCGCUGAGUCUCCUGUCUCGCCUGUUUCGCCGGUUUCGCCACCUCCUGCGCCGGUGGCUGCUCCGCAAGCUACCGCGCAGCGCGCUCCCGAAGCUGCUCCUGUCUCCGAGUCACCCCUUCCUCAGGAUGUCUCGCCCGUGAGCCCGAGGGAUGCUGCCGCCGGGAAGGAGGAGGUCUCCCGCUUUAACCAAGGACCCCUCCUUGACCAGCCCGCCUUCGUGCCCGACGAAGCGGAAGAGGAUGAUGCCGUUCCCCCUCCCAUUGCCAGGCGCUCCCCUCGCAACCCGUCGCCAGUGCCGCAGCAACCCGAGGAAGAGGAGGCAGCCCCGCCCCCGGCGCCGGUGGCUCUUGCUGUCGACCCGCAAGACCGGUGGGCGCAGAUCCGCAAGAAUGCUGCGGAGCGGGCUGCCUACCGCCAGGCCACGCAACCUGCGAGGUCCUCGGGAGGUCUUGCUGAUGACAGCAGUGAAGAGACGAUCGAGACCCGUGUCGCCCGCAUCAAGGCCAGAGUUGCCGAACUGACCAGCGCCGCCGAGGGAGGCCCUGGUGCUCGCGUGCCGCCCCCGGUCCGUCGCUAG